UUUCCCCUACUCCUCUCUUCCCAAGCUGGAUCAGUGAGUAGGGAGGGCAGUCAUCACGCCAUCCUAAGCAGCAAGAGCUGACGUUGGACGAAGCUGCCAGGUAGCUGAAAAAAGGCACAGAAGGCAGCUGAUACCCACUUUUCAACGGUUUGUGUUUUUUUUAGUCUGUAUCUGGACUUCAAGCAACACAGCGCCUGAGACAGCUCAUCUGAACCACACUGUAUUGCAAUACUCGCUCUUCUCAAAGAAAAAGACUCCACUGAGCAGCAGAAUGCUGCCAGUGUCGCAGCUAGGGCUACAAUACAGAGCCUUUUUGUAACAUUGCAAAUUUCUUUCUGUUCAUAUAUUUGAAAUACAUACAUACACUUAUAUCUCAGUUCUUUCUCUUUUGAGGGCACCUUUGGCUUUUUUUUUUUUUUUUUUUUUUUUUUUUUUUUACCCUGAUGUGACUUCUUCAUCUUGGAAUGAUGGGGAUCUUUCUAGCUUAUAUUGGAUUCAUUUUCUUUUCAGUUAUGUAUAUUCAACAAGGACUUUCUACCCAAGCAAAAUUCACAGAGUUUCCCCGAAAUGUCACGGCCACUGAAGGGCAGAACGUGGAGAUGUCUUGUGCUUUCCAAAGUGGCUCUACUUCGGUGUACCUUGAGAUCCAGUGGUGGUUUCUGCGGGCGGCUGAGGACCAAGAGGCUGGAGCUGAGGUGACAGGCACUCAGGUGGAGCUCCUGCCCGAGCGGGACCUGGACAGCGACGGCACGAAGAUCAGCACAGUGAAAGUACAAGGGAAUGAUAUCUCCCACAAGCUGCAGAUUUCAAAAGUGAGGAAAAAGGAUGAAGGCUUGUAUGAGUGCAGGGUGACCGAUGCCAACUAUGGAGACCUUCAGGAAUACAAGGCCCAGGCAUUUCUCAAAGUGAAUGCUAACAGCCACUCUCGGCGAAUGCAAGCCUUUGAGGCAUCCCCAAUGUGGUUGCAAGACAUGAAACCUCGUAAAAACAUCUCAGCAGCUGUCCCAAGUAGCAUCCACAAUUCUGCCAAUCAGCGUGUGCGUACCACCUCCAGCCCCGAAGCAGCAGCCAAAAUCCCCAAACAAAGUCCACAAUCAGCAAAGAGCAAAUCGCCUGUAAAAUCCACGGAGCGGACAGCAAAGUUGACCCUAACCUCCAACCACCACUCUGCACCCAAUGUACUCUAAAUCUCUACACAAGGAGCACCUUCUUCAGGAAGUACAAACAAAAUUACUAAAUAAAUAAAAUAAAAUAAAAUAAAUAUUAUAAAAAAGAAGAGGAUACCACAUGUUUUCUUGAUAUAUCUUAUUUUCUUUGGCGUAUCACUGAUAUUUUAUUUGAAGAGAACUGGUGUGAUGUAAUCAAACGUUUUGUAACAGCAAGACCUAGUUUCCUUUUCUUUCGGCAAGGAGAAGCCUCAUCCUUGACUUCUCAGGGGUUGGCCUGCGAGUCCUCACUAUUACAGAAUUAACCAUGGAUGACAUUUGGUUUCCUACGCUGAAAGAACCGUUCCAGCCUGGAAGCAAAAAGAGGCCAAAUAAUGAAACAAACCAUAGUGAUUUAACAUAAAUAAAAUACACACAAACUUUAUAAAAAAGCUUUUUUUUUUUUAUUUUAUUUUUUUCCUUUUUUUUGCAUGAGGAAUAGGGAGGAGAAAAUAUAUUCUACAAAGCAGCUCAGCAGACUAGGGGAUGUUGUUUCUGAAAAACAUAUGAGGAUAUUUUUCUUUUGAGUUUUUUUUGCUUUUUUCUUUUUAAUAUAUUAUUCUUUUUUCCCUGUGAGGUUUUUUCCUGUCUUUCUGUUUGUUUCUUGUUCAAUGGUGGCAAGUACCAACUUAGGCCAACCCCUGAUAACUGUGUGGAGGUUUAUAUAUAUACAUCCUUUUUUUUGUGCGUGCGUUCUAUAUUUCAGUGUGUUUUCCCUAAUUUUGCAAUUCCUGUAUAUGCAAAACUACUUAAAUUCUGUAAAUUGCUUACAGUCUGUGUGAUAUAACUUCAGAGUAGACAUACUUUGGUCCUCAUGCGAGCAGUUUUUAAUAUUAUCUAUAUGUCGUGCCACCAAGAAACAUCUUUAUUUCCUUUUUUGACAAAACAUCACUUUUUAGUUUGUAAUUCAGUAAUGUGUGGAUUUUGUAAUGCAUAUUUUCACUUUGACUGGUUUGACCCCCUUCAGCCCUCCGUUUACUCUGUAAAUGCACAUUAAAAUUUGUUAUGGUCUCUAGACAAUGAAUUAUUUUAGUUUGUAUGUUGUGUUGAAGUUCAUGAUGCUGAAAGCUCUUUGAACUUGUGAUGUUUAUUGAAGAUAAGUGAUUCAAUCACUAGAGACUGUAAAAUGCAGGUUUGCAGUCAAAUACUGCACAUAAAGGAAGGUUAGAAACAGACAAAUAAACCAGAACAUGUCUUUAAGGAUGUUCUUUUGGUAAAGAGUUUUAGGAAAGUGAAUUUAUUACACUGAUAAAAUAUAUUUGCAUCCCAGUUCCUUCUUCAUGGCCAAAGAAGUGUCUUUCUUUGCUUUUUCUGGAAGUGGAUUGUCAUUAGUCAUUGAUAUUCUUAAUUAAAAUACUUUUUGUCUGUGAACUGAAUGUGAGAAUUUUGCUGUUGAAUGAUGUAAUAUGCAUUACAUGAAUUACAUUCAUUAAUGCAGGAAGGAAAAAUUGCUACCAUUUGCAGCUGCAAUCAGGAAGGUUUUUUUCUUUUUCCCGUCUUUCCACUGAUGCUGAAAAAUUCACACCCUUUCAUUUAUCAGCACAGACAAUCACAUACACCACAUGCUUAUUAUGAUCUAUUUAUAGCAGCAUUAAGUAGCUGCAGUGUGGUCAGCUGUGUGAUUUCUCCUCACUUUGUAAGUACUGCAGAAGAAAUUUUAAAAGUAUGUUUAAUAUCUCACCAGUAUGUGGUCUACAGGCCUAACAUUUUAUUUCAAAAUGCUCAUAAGUCUGAUGUCUUCCCCCAUUACUUUCAAAGGAUAAAGAACAAAUAAAGGCAUAAAAUCAACGUUUUGUAAACCUAAUGCUUUGGAAGGGGUUAACAUAUUUGUGCAGAUCGAAUUUCCCAUACAUUCUGUAGUAUAAGCUUGACUGAAAAUAGUCAGUCUUUCCUUGGUUUUAGAAAAGUCUUAGCAGGAAUAAAGAGAGUAGAAGUUUGGCAUUAUACAAACAAAUCAGGAGUAACCAUCAGGAGAAAAAGGUCAAAAUUUCUUUUAUUUCAACAUAAAAUUUAUGACCCACUCGGAAUGUUGUGUAUUGAGAAGGUUUUUCUCCACAGUUAUAACAGUUUAUCAGCCUACUGUCAAAAAAAUAAAAAACUGUCCCCAUUAAAAUGUUCUGAAUCAAACUUAAUAUUGUGGAUCAGAGAGGACACAAAGAGGAAAAAAACCAGUCAAGGGUCAGAGCUUUUUUGAAGUCUCACUUUCUGAACACACCUGUGGAACCAGACUUUGAGAGCUCUGGAGAAAAAGCUACAUUUUCCCUGUGAAAUGGACAUCUAUUACUGGAUGAUGUGAGAAUCUCCUGCCUGGAGCUUGGAAACUUCAGUUUCCAUUGGUCUUAGCUGGAACCAAAUGCUUAAUGUCACAUGUGUUUUGUUUGUUUACUGUAUCCAUAUAUCUUGUAUGAAUAUUCCAUGUAUGCACAGUCAUAAAGACUACCCAUCAUGACAUGUGGCAUUUGACAAAGCAGUUUAGCCUCACAUUGCUAAAGUUGUUACUAUGUUAAACUGAUACUGUGUUUUGCUUUAUGCUGUUAGCUGCUUGGAUAUAAAUCACCAUGUACUAGGAAUUCAGAUUAAAGAAUGAGCUGAAAUUAAAAGCAGAAUUCUAGACCACUUGGAUUAGUGUGAUGCAAGCCAGAAGACAUUACCAUAUUGUGAACUGCUAUUGUUCAACUGUGUCAGCAAAAAAAAAAGGACAAAAGAAAUCUGUGGGGCUUUUGAAAAACCUUUACAUUUUCCAUGAGAUGCUAAGGGGACACAGAAAUUGUCCUCCUUCCCCUGUCAGGACAACACUCCGAAAUUCUUCAGAUGAGGCUAAUCUAGCCCUUCUGGUUGCAGAUCUAGAACUCAGCUUUAGUUUCUGCCAAUCUGUGUGGAUGCAGCAGCAACAUCUCCUAACAGGAGCAAGUAUUGCAUUUCUAAAUUCUAUACUGGGUCUUAACAGCUGUUCUUCAAAUUGAGAAUCUGCCUGGACCUCCUAGAAUUUCUUAAAAUGGAAGUUAAGAUACAGUAGCCCCCAUUUUUUCUAAGAAUUUUGUUAUGAAUAAUAUUUGGCUUAGGAAUGGAACUACUACCAUUUUCUGUCAUGUGAAGUUCUAGUUUGUAUUUAACACAAAUAGAUUAAAAAAAAAAAAAGUGGCUUAAUUAAAUCCUGAAAAGCUCCAUGUUGAGUUGGGUAUCUAGAAGGGCAAUUUGCAUCUAGCAGUGGUAACAUCUCUCAACUCAAUGUCCUUAACCUUUUUUACAAAAAGAGUCCAGUUUUGAGGUGGUCUUUUACAUGACUCGUGCUUCUCAAAUUGUGUCCCCAAAGCCCCAUUGCAUAUGUGACUUUCUUCAGAUCGUUCCAACAGGUUUUGUUUUUAAUAGAAGAAUAAGCAUGGGUGAGUACGAAACACUUUUGUAUUUCAAGGUAUAUGCCAACUACACUCACACACUUUGAGAUCCGAUGUAUCAUCAGGCUAAAAGAAACAUGUUCCAGUCCCAUGAGAUGUCAAUGACAUCCUUUGUAUUACAUGGAAAAAAGAUCCAUGGCAUGUUGGUGCAACUAUCAGGGAUUAGUACUGCAAUAGAGCCUGUCUCAAAAAUUCUCCUUUUCAAUGGGUUACCAAUACCCUUUUAAGCUCUGGAACUUCAUGCCUUGAAGUUGCUGCAUAACAUGUUUGAACUUCUCUUUCUUAAUUGUAUUUGGUAGACUUUGCAAAGGAAUUUGUGGAGCAAGAGGAGGGCUCAGACCAUGGAUUUAAAAAAGCUUGGCAGACUAAUUUAAGAUUGACAGUUCCUCUAGAUCUCCUAUUAAGAAAGGUACUAGAAAAUUUGAAUGGUAAACACUGAAUCUAUCAGAAGUAAUUUUUAUUUAUUUUUCAUUCUCAAUAUUGAAAAUUUAUAUUGCAGCACUACCUGAAGGCAAAGAUCAGAAGUAGGUAUAAACAUGAGACACCAUGGCAAAAGCAAUACGACUUGGGAAGUUCAUACUUUUCAUGUAAUUCAGUGCUACUAUGAUUCAAGAUCAGAACAGACCCUAGAACAGGUUUUUUUCACAUUCAUUCUUUGAAGUACUUUCGCUUCAUUCAAAUAAAAUGAGGAAGCAGUGACCAGUGCAAAAAUCUGAAUGCUUGCCAAAUAUUUUUCAGUGUUAAACAUUUAACUUCUAGUGAUCUUUAAUUUCUAAUGAUCUUAACUUCUGAUGAUCUCAAGUGAUGUCAUCAUUCAAGUCAUCAUUAAAAAAAAAAACCAACAAAAAAAACCUCUCCCCCCAAAAAACCCAAAACCAGCACUGCUGUCAAUCUUCAAUUCCUUCCACCAAAAAAAAAAAAAAAGGAAAAAAAAAAGAAAACAAUUGUCAUUUGCAGGGUAUGGGAACAUUUGUCUAUGAUAUUACUAUUGGUAAAUGUCAAAUGUUGUUUGUAGAGCUAAAAGCAUUAGGAACCAAGAAUGGGAUCUUCAUACUUUGUAAUAUAAAUUUUUAAAGGUUAAUCUUCCAUGAUUAGCUAAACUAAACAAUGAUAAGCACAUAGUAAAUUGAUUAAUGCAACUCACCAUAAAUGCCUUCAGUCUUUUGUUCUGAGCUUCCUAAAUGUUGAUUUAUUUGAUUUCACAGUCAUAAAGUUUGCACAUACAUUAACAUAGUUGAAAGAUUAUACAUAAUUUUUCUAGUGCUAUUCAUCCAAACAAUACAAGAAGAAAGAUAAAUUUGUCUGUAACAAUGAAUUACAAUCAAUUGGUGGAGAUACUUGCAAAGAAACCAAAGUGUGCUUUCUUGAGAGUCAAAUUUAAUGGCAAUCUUAUUUAAUUUCUCCUUUUUGUGCUGUUCUUUUUUUGCCAACAUUUCAAUCUAAAACAAUACUGUAUAUCUUAUUACUCCUUACAAGGUGAUGGGAUAAAAUCAUGUCACCUUUGUUAUGAAAAAUCUAGGGGGAAAACACCAAUCUUUUCAUUUAGCAGCAAUCUAAACUCUCACUGUUUACAGUGUCCUAUCACCUCAAAAUAUUUUGAGAUUAUAUAUAUAUAUGUAUAUAUAUAUAUAAAAUUUGAUUUCCAACUCUAUCAUGUUGAUGGUAGAGAUGGCCUUCGGAUGGGAGCAAAUGAAUUUUUCAAUUACUGAAAUGCUCCUUUACAUUGAUAUUACAGCACAGAAAGAUGUCUUAUGUGUAUAUCAGACUAUUUACUGAGUGACAACUCAUAAGGAAGCCAAAAGGUACGUAAUAGACUAUUAAUUACUUGUUUUUAUAUGCCAUGAACUUGAAAAACAAGAGAGAAGAUUGCAUCUGACAACAAGCUGCUUAAAAUAAACCAUUUCAUUUAAACCUUGGAAGAAGCAAAUUCCUUAUUAAAAUGACUUGUAUAACUAUAACCUUUUAAAAUAUAUGGGGUUUAGAUUUUUAAGAAAAGUUAUAUAUAUUAUAUAUAAUAUCCUUAUAUAUAAAAUCGAGAAAGAAGAAAAUAAUCACUUCUUUUUCUACUUCUGAUAGAAGAUUAUGUUCAUUGCUGCUGAUUGUCUCCAAUACCAAAUUAUUUAAAAGACCCUUUAAAUCACUGGAAACCAUACUUUUAAAAAAAUAGGUUCCAAUCUUUCUGAUCAUCUACAAUACACUUUAGUUUUUGGAUGUUAACCAGCACUGGUUCAGGUUUUCAAAAUGUUGUUUUUUCAUCAUAAUAGAAAAGAAGGAAUCCACACUUUAUUAAAAAUAAAUGUCAACAUGUUUACUAAA